AUGACUGGAAAAAAUUUAAAACUAAUUAACGACGUUAUUACCCGUUGGAACUCCACCUAUUUUAUGUUUAGCAGAAUUUGUGACGUUCAAAUACCACUUGAAGCUGCUGUUGGUGUUUUGCAUAACCCUGUUGAGAUACUUACUGUAGCUGAAUGGUCAGUAUUAAAACAAUGUUGUGUCCUUUUAAAACCUUUUGAGGAAGUAACUAGAGAACUGAGUGCCGAAAAAAGUGUAUGUGUUUCAAAAAUAAUACCAUUGAUAGAAAGCUUAAAACAGUUUUUGUGUGGCCUUCAGGUCGAUGACGAGACCGCAUCGAGUUUAAAAGACUGUUUGAUACAGGGCUUAAGAACGAGAUUUCAUCGUGUUGAGUUUAAUGCAAUACUGGCAAAAGCAACUUAUUUGGAUCCCCGGUUUAAAAAAAAGGUUUUAGCACCGAAAACGCAGUUACUCAAGUGA